CAAUGAUCCAAGCACAAUAAACAAAGAUAGAGGCUGUACAUAUAUACCAAAUCGAACACACGGCAACGGCACACACCGGACACGAAUCGCUAGUAGACACAGCGCACAGCGGCAAGCAAGAAACCAAACAUUCCAGUGCCCUUACCGUUGCAUGCAGCCAUGACGAGGAUGAGCUUGGCGGUGUCGGCGACGUUCUUUGUGCUCGCGGUCGCCUCGGCGGCGCAGCCGGCGCCGAGCAUGCCCCCGCCGGCGGUGGCCGUGAACAGCUCCCGGCUGGAGAAGGCGUACGUGGCGCUGCAGGCGCUGAGGCGCGCCAUCACGGACGACCCCAAGAAGCUGACGGAGAACUGGUGCGGGCCCGACGUGUGCAACUACUUCGGCGUGUACUGCGCGCCGGCGCCCGACGACCCCUGCCAGCGCACCGUGGCCUCCGUGGACCUCAACCACGGCGACCUCGCCGGGACGCUCCCCGAGGAGCUGGGCCUGCUGUCCGACCUCGCCGUCUUCCACCUCAACUCCAACCGCUUCUGCGGCUCCCUCCCCGAGUCGCUCCGGUCCCUGCACCUCCUCCACGAGAUCGAUGUCAGCAACAACAGGCUGUCCGGGCCCUUCCCGUCGCAGCUCCUCUGCCUCCCCAGUGUCCAGUACGUCGACAUCAGGUUUAACAACUUCUGCGGCGAGGUGCCGGCGGCCAUCUUCGACAAGAAGAUCGACGCGCUUUUCAUCAACAACAACCACUUCGAGUUCACGCUGCCGGCCAGCUUCACCAACUCGACGGCGUCGGUGAUCGUGCUGGCGAACCUUCCGCGGGUGAGCGGCUGCCUGCCGAGCAGCAUCGGCGACAUGGCCGGCACGCUCAACGAGCUCAUCCUCCUCAACAGCGGCAUCUCCUCCUGCAUCCCGCCGGAGAUCGGCAAGCUGGACAAGCUCACCGUGCUCGACCUCAGCUUCAACAGCAUCGCCGGCGCGCUGCCGGACACGAUCGGCGGCAUGCGGGCGCUGGAGCAGCUGGACGUCGCGCACAACCGGCUCACCGGCGAGAUCCCCGAGAGCAUCUGCGAGCUGCCGCACCUCAAGAACUUCACCUACUCGUACAACUUCUUCUGCGGCGAGCCACGCCGGUGCCUCGAGGUGCCGCGCGUCGACGACCGGCAGAACUGCAUCGCUGGCCGCCCCGACCAGCGGCCAGGCGAGGAGUGCGUCUCAUUCCUACACCAACCGCAAGUCCACUGCGACGCCCACGGGUGCAUCGCGCCACCACCUCCAGCGGUGCAUGCUCCUCCGCCGCCUGUAUACUGAAUUACUGAUCAGUGGUAACUUGUAAAUGUUUCCUGCUCCUGCCUCGUGGUGUGAAAACUUGGAGGGUAAACGCAUACACAUGGUAUAUACUGUAAUUUUUAUUCAUCAGCAGAAGAGAGUAAUAAUGGAUUCAUAGAUUUACAUUACGAAAAUGCUUCGCUAUUCUG